AUGGCGUCGCUGCUCAACCUUCCCCUCGAGAUCACGCAUCAAAUUCUUUCCGAACUUGCAGGCCUCAGUCCAGAGCCAGGACUGGAUGUGUUUCUGUCGCAAGACGAGCCCCAACUGUUCGACGCCGAUCGUCUGAACCUAGGACUCUCGUCGAUGGCAAAGCUCUGCCGGACAUGCCAUCAACUCCGAGAAUCAGUCGAACCGCAACUCAACCGCUUUAUUUAUAUUCCAAACGCGGAUGCUAAACAUCUACUUUCGAUUCUCAGAAAGUGGAAUGCCCGGCCCCAUUGUGCCGAGUAUACACGAUACCUCGCGAUCAGAGCAAAGCAGCCCAGGAGUUCGGCAGCACUGGAGAACAUCGCUGACCCGGACCUCGUUCUCGUCUCGAAUCUCGUGAAACAACUCAACCUUCAACUGCGAAGCGACUGGUAUGAAUUCUCUUGGCGCGUGGAUAUCCUCAUUGAAUUGGUCAUGUUCAUGGCUAGAAACCUACGAUGGAUAGAUGUUUCGUUCACGCCCAAGAAAGGAAUCUAUCGAGGUUCAUUUGACUGGCUUCGUGGGGUAGACGGAAGCGCCAUGAGCAUUCGGUUCGACCAUCUACGGCAUCUCAAACUCUUUCAAUCGGGCAGUCUCACCAUGGAUGAAAUUCAACCCCUCAUCGACCGCGCCCCGAAUCUCGAAAACCUCUACCUGGAUACUGUUCAGUUUACCAAUCACAAAAGCAGACUUCCGACGAGCCUCACUGGCCUCUGUCUCACUGGCUGCUCGAUUACACCGGCCAUCUUCGAGUCUGUGACCACGGACAUGGACAAGCUCUGUCACCUCAGAUACGACAAGACAUCCCUUCGACAGCAAAGUCCAAUGAUGAGAGCCUUUGCAAAGCACGGCACAACAUUGAAAAGCCUUCUUGUCUACUUUCAUUUAGACCCGCGGCUUGAAGUUGAUCUGCCGCUGGACACGUUCAAAAGUCUCGAGUCGCUCACUACUGACUUGCGAAGCUUUGGUCAAGGGGGUGGCUCGCAGCUUAUGAGGCUGCUCCCAUGCUCCCUGCGAGAGUUGCGCGUGGUCUCUUUUGGGGGCCUUCAGAAGCAUCAACUAUGUUCUUUUGCUGAUGAGCUGAGUGACCGAGAGAAACGGCUAUCUAGACACUUGGCUGUCUACAUAGAUGGCGCCGAAGGGAUGUUUGAUUACCAGCGUCUUCGCCGAGACAUGACAGGUUGA